AUGACAUACACAUAUGAAUAUGAAGAAGACCUUCCUAGGUUACCAGUUCCACUGUUGACUAAUACAACGACUCAAUUAUUGAAUGCAUUGAAACCAUUAUUGAGCCAGGAUGAGUACAAGGAAUUACUUCAGGAAUCCAGUGAAUUUCUCGGUCAUGAAGUAAUUAAUUUAAUUCAACGUCACUUAGUGGCUGCUUCUAUAAAUCCUGAAAAUACAUGCUACUUGAACAGCGUGAAUAAUGGAACUAGCCCGGGUAUUUAUGGCGAAAUAAGAGGUGAUAUUCUUCCUCGAAACCCGUACUUGAUUCUUGAAGAAGACCCAUAUGCGAAGACGGUCAAUCCUCCUAAUCAAAGUCAACGGGCAGCCAAUUUGAUCAAUUCAUCUUUGAAAUUUAUAACUAGUCUUCGGAAUGAUACCUUGCAGCCAGAUAGGACACCAAAAAAUGGAAAUCCGUUAUCGAUGAACUGUUACAACAUAUUAUUUGGUACUACAAGAGUUCCCCACACGGAAGAUGAGAAUACGUAUCAGAGUGCAACUAUAAAGAAGUUUAAAGAUAUUAAUGAUUCGAGGCACAUUGUUAUUAUAUGUAAUAACCAGUACUAUUGUUUAGAAGUUUUGACUAAAUACAAGGAGGAAGACUACAAGCAAUCCAGGACUAAACAUAAAAUUUGGUUCAGUGAUUAUGAAUUAUCGAUAAUGUUACAAGAAAUUAUUGAUAAUGCUAAUAGUAUUGAUAGAGUUGAAUCUAUAAACAAUUCUGUUGGAUCUUUAACUACCCAAUCAUUUUCUAUUUGGAAGAUGAGCAGGAACGAAUUAAAUAAAUCUAAUAAAGAAAACUUAGAAAAGAUUGAUAAUGCCUUGUUUAUAGUUGUAUUGGAUCCUAAUAUGCCAGUUUCGGACCAAGAAAAGACUUCGGUGAUAGCUCAUGGUACUUCAGAGUUAUUGAAAGGAACCAACAUGCAAGUGGGUUCAUGUACCUCGAGAUGGUAUGAUAAGUUACAAUUAGUAGUGACUAAAAAUUCAGUUGCUGGUGUAGUUUGGGAAUCGUCAUCAACAGACGGGACUGCUAUUUUGAGAUUCAUUAGUGAUAUCUAUGCUGACUCUAUCUUGAAAUUAGCCAAAAACAUCAACGGAGCGGAGUAUACAUUAUUUGAUGAGAACGUUGGAUUCGUAUCUGCAGAUGGAUCUAUCAAGAAACCAGAAUCUCAAAGAAUAGUGAUUACUAGGACCCCGGAGCUUUUGAAUUUGAUAAGACUAUCAGAAACAAGGUUAGCAGACUUAAUACAUCAGCACGAAUACAAGACAUUGACUCUUAAAUUGAACACAUUUUUGUUAAACAAAUUCGAGCUUAGCAUAGACUCAGUUUUGCAAAUUGCAUUCCAAAUUGCAAACUAUGCUUUGUAUGGAAGUAUGGCAAAUACUUUAGAGCCUAUUACUACCAGAAAAUUCAGAGAUUCGAGGACGGAAUUAAUUCCAGUUCAAAACGAUCUAAUUUCAAGAUUGGUCAAGUUAUAUAUUACAAACUCUAACUCUUCAUUGAAGUGGGACUUAUUCAGAGAAUGUUGUAACAUGCACACUAAGCAAUACCGUAGUGCUAUGAAUGGUAAAGGUUUUGAAAGACAUUUUAAUGCACUCGUAUCUGUUUUGCGGAGACCUCAUGCAGUAGCGACUUUGAAUAAAAUGAAUGCUAAUGUUCCUGAUUUAGCACCAAUUCCAGAUAUACUGAAAAUCAAGGACCUUCAGAUUCCUUUACUAUCAAACCCAACAAUUGAGAAGCUUUCAUCCCCUGAAUUAUUGAUUUCUAAUUGUGGUAAUCCAGCAUUACAUAUGUUUGGCAUUCCACCUGCAGCCGACCAAGGUUUUGGAAUUGGCUAUGUUAUUCAUGGUGAUAAAAUCCUUAUAACGGUUAGCUCAAAGUUUAGACAAACCGAAAGAUUCUUGAAUACGUUUAAGGGAGUCAUGAAGGAAUUUUUAUCGAUUAUAAAGCAAAAUUCCAAUUUUUUGAUCAAUAUAACCGAUUCAGAAUCUAGGAAGCAGGAACUUCAAAGACUUAGGAUUGAACAUGAACUCAAACAUAUUAAUAAGUCUCUUCCUCUGACCAAACAUCCUAUUGCGUUGACAGUGGAGAAAACUUCUAUUCCAAUAGAAAAUGUCAGCAUUCAAGGAAAUGGGGAUAAUGCGCAAGCUCGUUCUAGUAGAUCUAGUUCCUUGUCUGAUGAAUACAAAGAAGAUUAUGAUAUUUUAGGGGGAUAUGGCUAUUUUAAUUUUGGUGAUUUAGAUAUGAGGUCUGAUGAAUUAUCAAAAGAGGAAUCAUUCUUGAACAGUACACCUCCAAGUUUAUCGAGCUUAAAUUCAAGACAGCAUUCGUCAACAAACCUACACAAGACUGCAAUGAUACAUAGUAACCCUAGUGAUAUCAAGCAAAAGUUUAAUUUAUCUGCUGAAAUCAGAGAUAGGUUACUGUUGCAAGAAGAUAAUUCAUCAACAGCUUCUACAGCAGGUAGCACGGAGAGUGGCUCAUCUGAAACUGCAACAGAAAUAUCGAGCAAACCAAAGAAUUUAAUAGGAAGAGAAUUGAAAAUUUCUGACGUUUCUUAG